AUGUUUUGGUGUUUCUUGUCUUACGUUUAUAAUAUCAAUGAGAUGUCAUCAUCGGAUAAAAAAAGUCUUUUUUUUCGAUGUUUACGUUCGUCAUCCCCCGUUCGUUCAUCGCCAAAAGAAUAUCAGCAACAAAAAUCGAAAGGCAACAAUUGUUGUUAUUGUUGUUAUUCAACAAAAACAAAAACAAAAACAGAACUAUCAUCGUCGGUUACAACAUCAUCUGAUACUACCGUUGAAAACAGUACAAAAGGAUUUUUUAAAAGAAUUCAAUGUUUUAAAGCUCAUAAAAGGAAGAUUCCAUGUCGAAAAAAUUUUUAUCAAAAUAAUGUCACAUCUGAACAACAACAAGAAACGACGACAAAAAUUGAGACAAUUCAACGACAACCUGAAAAAGACGAACUCUCAGAUAAUAUUGACGUCAUUUCACCGACACAAAUCAUUCGUAGUUCUCAAUCGAUUCCAUUAUUAUCGACAAAAGAUUUAAAUCAUCAACAUGAAACAACAACAGCACCCAGCACCUCAUUCUAUAAUUCUGCAUCACCUUUUUACUCAUAUAAACGCGAAAAUAGUUUAAUAUUAAAUAGAAAUAAACGGAAUGAAUCCUGUUCACUUGUCGAUAUUGAAGUAGCAUCUACCACUAAUGAUACCCCAACAGAUCGUUCAUAUACACCAAAUAAUUAUUUAAUAAACAUAAAUAAGGAUUCCAAUCGUCAGAAAAGUGGUUGUUUUACACCGCAUAGUUUUGCUAGUGGAGAAUUUUCAUCUACAGAUCUAUCCGCUUAUUCAACACAAAGUCUAUUAAGACGUUUAAUUGAUAAAGCUAAUUUACUAAAUGAAUUUUAUGCCGAUUGUUGUGCUAAAACAACCGAUCACAUUAUUAAAACAGAAGAUGAGAAAGAAGAAGAAAUUAUAAAUAAGACACCACCAUUAACAACAGAUUCCUAUUUAUCAUCAAAACAUUCAUCAUCGGUGAAACGUUUGAUCGAUGAUGAUUCACGAACAACUGUACCGAAAUAUAAACAUCGUAGUAUAUACGAUAAUUUAAGUGAAGAUAGUCGAUUUAAUUUGUAUUCGGAUGAAGAUAAUGUUCUUAGAGAACUAAUUCGUUUUAAUAAUGAUAUUGAUUUGAUUUUAUCACGUUUGGAAAUGGAAGGCGAACAAUUACAACACACAACAUCAACAAAACCACGUUCACAUUCACCUACAAAUCAAUUAUUAUUAGACGAUAAUAAUUUUGAUUCAAAAGAACAUUUAAAUAAUAAUAAUUCGACAAUGAAAUCAUCAAUAACAUUAGGACAAAGACAAGAAAGUCAAGAAUCCGAAUUAUUAUUACUGGAUGAUCAACAAUUUUACGAACGGAAAACAUCUUCAACAUCACAAGGAGAAUUAUUAACAUCACCGUCUUACGAAGUCAUGCGUACAACAAGUACGACGAGUACAAAUGAAAUUAAUGUCCAUUUACUCUUAUCGAACGAUAUUAAUAGAUUAAGAGAAAAAGCACUCACCAAAUUACUCAAAUUGGUUAAUCUCAAUUGUACUAAUGAUGUUAUCAAUAAUCAGGAUAUCGUCACAUUGGCAAGCCUUUCAAAACUACCAAAAUCAUCAUUAUGGAAAACGAAACAAAUAUUUGGUGUACCAUUACGUAUUUAUCAACAAUCGAGUGGUCGUCUAUUACCCUUAGCAAUAACAGAUGCUCUACAAUAUUUACGUUUACAUGCGGGAAAAUGUGAUGGUCUAUUUCGUAAACCAGGUGUUAAAUCAAAAAUUGAUCGUCUAAGAAAUGAAAUUGAAACACAUGAUUCAGAUCAUAUUAAGUUUGAUGAUUAUCAGCCAUAUGCUGUUGCCGAUGUUGUACGUCAGUAUUUCCGUUUGCCUCAAGAAGAUCAACUUCUUGCCAUACGCUAUUCAUUUCUAUUGUUGCCAGAUGAAACAAGGGAUGUUUUAGAGACGAUUUUACGCUUUUUAUUUGAUGUAUCAAUACGAUCAGGCGCUAGUCAGACAACCUGUCGAAGUUUAGCUCGAAUAUUUGUUCCAUCUGUAUUUCAAUCGUAUCAUGAAUUACGUUCAACAAAAUUAACGUGGUGGAAAUGGCGUAAAGAAAUAAAACUUGAUUCUAUUGCACAAGAAAGUGAACGAUUAACAUUAGAAUUAUGUCUAAUGGCAAUGAUAUUAAAUGUGGAUGUUUUAUGUAGGGUACCAAGUGCACUAUCUGAAGAAUUACAGUUACCUAGUCAACGUAUAACAAAACGUCUUGAUAGUUUAAUUCGAAGUGAAUGCAAUGGAGAAUUUUUAAUCAAAGAAUAUAUUGCGAAAGAAAGUGAACGGUUUAUUCAGCAAUUACAAAAUACCAAAUAUAAAAGUGUUCAAUUACCAACAAAUGAUUUGGAUAUUAAUGAGCUUGGCAUUCAUAAACAAAAAUUAGUAAGAACAGAAUUAGCACCGUUGCCAACAUGGAAAUGUUCAGUAGAUAUACCGGCUAAUAUUAAACAAGUAUCCCAUCGAAUUCUAAAUGAAAGAUAUAUGUGGGAUUCAAAUUUUGCCGAAUCACGAAUUGUUGAAAAAUUAGAUGAUGAUACCGAAAUUCUUCAAUAUGUAUUAAAUUUUCUUGAUUUAGUUCCUGUUCGGUCAUUUUGUGAAUUUAGGUACACAUUUUUACAAGAAAGUUGA